AUGGUGUGGGUGAAACCCGAACAUUUAUUAAUGGCUCAAUCAUUUUGGAGCGUCGAAAAAUCGCUAAAAUAUUUCAAACUUCAACGAAGAAAAGGUCACGGAACUCGAGGUUUCUCAUCAAUUCUUGUCGCUACAAUCGAUUCAGUUUUUGAUACAAGACCACCGCCAUAUCGAAUUAUUUAUGAUUUUGAUAAUGAAGAUGUUCAUAUAUCAAUUGUUCUUGCCGUUGCUGUGGAAUUGAAAGAAAUUCAAGAACAUUGGGAUUAUGUUGAAAAAACGCUUAUUGUUGCAACUGAACCACUUCAACUUGAAAAAGAUGUGAGAAGAUAUGUUAUAACAAAAGUUGAAUCUUUGGUGAAUGAUUCUGAAGAAGUUAUAAAUCCGUAUACCGAAGAAUUGGAUUCAGUUUCAACGAGAAGUUGUUUAGAAAGAUUUCAUAAAAUUUUCUCAAUUCCUCCAGACGAAAAACUUGUAAAUUGUAAGUGUUUUUUUUCGUUCUAUCAAGAAGCCCCAUAAUUUCCAAUCUUCAGAUUAUAAAUGCUGUUAUUGGAAAGGUCGUGUUCCAAAUCAAGGCGACAUUUUCUUCUCUGUAAAUUUCCUCUGUUUUUACUCAUUCAUAAUGGGAAACGAGACAAAAAUCAAGCUAAAAUGGACGGAUAUCAUAAAAUUGGAGCGAGUUUCAUCGAUUUUAUUGCCUCAAAGUAUACAAGUUGUGACAAGAGAAGGAAAUAAGUAUAGUUUCUCGAUGUUUUUGAAUUUUGAAGAGACUUAUCAAUUGGCAACACAAUUGGCGAAUUUGGCGAUGAAACAAUUGAUUGAAGAAGAAGGAUUUUGUGAGGAUAGUGCGUUGAGAAGGAAAAUGUUGAUGGAAAGUGAGCAAAGAAGAACAUCAAAGACAAAAGCAUCGUUUUUGAAAAGGGAUUUGGAUGCGAGAUAUCGAAGUGAUGCUUAUAGGUUGGUCAAGUUGGGAGAGGGGUUUUUGGUUUUAA